AUGAAAAACUAGAACAUUUUUGGUAACAAUUAUAGAAAUUUAGCCGAUUCCCAGACCUCGUAGAACUAAGGAAACAUCCAUUAAAAGCCUCAACGGCAUCUUCAAGAAAAAUAAACGCCUUUGAUCAGAUCUCAGAUUAAUUUUGAUUCCAAAAAUAUAGGAGGACAUAACAACCAACAUAAAGCUAUAAGAACUGGGGUGUCUAAGGAAAGGCAAUAAUUAAUAGAACAAGCUCCAUAGUUAAAGCACUCAUUGUACUUCAGUAACUAAAAUAAUAUCGAUAACAACAAUUUAAACUAUUACUAAAAUAACUCAAACGAGUAGUUGAAGGAUUCAGGAAGCCUUUAAGUUAUGGAUUUAUAGAAAAAUGAAGUAUAUCAGGAUUAUUUAGAUAUUGAUAUUGGAUUGGAAUCUAAUUAAACUCUCUCUAAAGAUCAUCCACUAAAUAUUAACUCAAUCGAUCUUAAUAGCAUUGAUGAUAGAAGCUAGAGAGUUCGGCAAACUUCAAAUGACUGUGAAUCAGAGACUGAUAAUAUUGAUGAGCAACCUGAAGAAAUCUAGGAAACUAGAAGUGAUAUUUUGAGAAAAAAGCCAAACUCAGUAACAGGGAUAUUAGGCAGAGAAGGAGGGGCGGGUCUUUUAAGAUCAUAAAUAGCUAGAGCAAAAUAAUUUAACAACUUUCUUGGCGAAAAUCAGCCGUUAAACCCGAAUUACUACCCUAGCUAAUUAAGUCAAGUUUCUCACUAGUAUCUCUAGCAAAUAGAGAAAUCCAAUCUUCAACUGAAAACAGUCCAAACGCCAUAAUUGCUACUAAGAGGGGAUAUGAGCUCAUUAAAUUCUCCUCUUGGAUUUACUCAAGCUUCGCUGCAUACUCUGAGCAACACAAAUGGCGGCUUUAAAACACCAACAAUUGAACUUUAAAAUGUUCUUGAAGGCAACAAUAAAAAUCAUAAGAAUCAUGCUAGAUAAUAGCAAUUGGUGCCAGUACAAGAAUUGAAUAUAAAUUCCUUAGUUAGUAGCAACUUAGGCAAUACUAAUUAAGCAUAUACAAGCAGAAAUGAUGAUCUAAGAAAUAAUACUAGCAGUAAAACUUUAAAAUCUCAGAAUACAGUAAAUUAUAAGACCAAUAAUGCUGGUUUAAAUUAGAAUAAUGAUGGUAAUUCAUCUGAAAUAUCAAGCUAAAUCAAUAAUAACAAUCAUAAUUAGAAUCAAAUAUCCACUAGUUCAAAAUCAAGUCAGUUGACUGGAAAUAAACAGAAAUUCGUUUUAACUGCUCAAAAUCAACUUACUAAUAUUAAGAGAUCAAUUGAGAGUCCUACAAUUCCUACUAGUAAUCAUAUUGUAUUUACAGGUCCAAAAUAAGUAGGAAAGAAAAUUUCCAAGAAGACUACUAAAAAGCCUAUGCAACUCUAGAAUAAUAACAGUAAGGCGAAUCAUAAACAAGCAGAUUAAAAGAAGCAAAAUUCAAAUAGUUUUAUGAAAAAUUACUAAUCAGUUCCAAAUAUAUAAUAAUCUAAGUCUUAAUAGUAAUAAUAAAUUCCUCCAUAGAUUAAUGAGCAAAUUCAAAUGGUUUAAUCAUAGUAAUCUCAAUUUCAGACAGUGUAUGGUGUUCAAUAAGCAAGGAGUGCUCAAGGAUUUGUAAAUCCAUCAUAGCUAUUCGAUUCGAAAUACAAUAAUAUGAACUAAGGCAUUACACCUUAAAUAGAAACGUUUUAAAAGCCUAAUAAUCUCAUUGAUCUUAAGACUGAAAUAACAUCAUUACUUAAGAAUACUCAACCUGGUGCUCCAACUAAAAAUAAGCUCAACAGUUUAAAAUCAUCAUAUUAAUCUGCACAGGGCUAGAAUGUAGUUAGCAAAAGGCCUACUCCAAAAAGCAGCUUUACCUAGGUCAUUCACAUUACGUAAGGUGAGAAUCCAAACGGAUAGAAGACUUAGGACAUCUUAGUUUAGCAUCUCAAUGAAAAAUCAAGAGAAGUAGCCUCACUCAAAAAUGAAAAUAAAGAUCUACAAGAAAGAUUAUUUUAAGCCGAAAAGUAAAUAAUAUAUCUUGCAGCGAUGUAGUCAAACUUUCACACUCAUGAUUCUUUGUCAAACUCAGGGCAUAAAAGCAGCAAAAAGCAUUUUAAAACAUUAAGUCUUAAGGAUAACUAUAAUUUGAGUGUCAAGGAAGCUCAAAACAUAAAUAUGCUCAAUAAUGCGAACAAACCUACCUUUUUGAAUAAUGACAGAAUGAACUGUCUUGGGGAUGAUUUCUAGUUCAAGGGAAGUUUCACACCUAAUGAUAAAAUACAGCAUAGCAAAUAAAGUAUGUUUAAAAAUACAAGAUAUGUUGACGGUGGAGCAGGUGCUAAUCUAGGUUCACCUGCAAGUUAAUAGAGUAUUUUAAAGGUGAAUCUGGAUGACUAGAAUGACUACUCUGCAAAAAAAGAUGGCCAAAAUAAUAGUGAGAUAAAGAGCAUGAAAUAAAAGAAAAAAUCUGUAGAUCUAUUGAUAAAUACCAAUCCAAAUAGCUUACUCAUGCCACAAGGAAAUUAGAAACUAGAAUCUAUUUUUAGAGUUAUGAGUCCAAACAACUUUAGUAGUUAAUUGUAAAACAGUGCUUUUAACGCUCUUAAUAAUUUGCAGCAUCAAAGAACAAUGACCUCGUAAUCCACAAAUAGAGAUGAAUUAAGUUCAAGAUCAACCUAGAAUUUGAAUCAAUAGGAUAUGCUAUAGCAAUAGCAGUAAUCAUUCUAACUUAUGAAAAUGAUGACUAGAGUUAAGUCUACCUUAGAUAGCUAUAAGCAGAGAGAGUAGUUAUUGUUGAAGAGAAUCAAAGAUCUUGAGACCUCAUAUAGAUAGAACCCUUGA